AUGGGUUCUUAUUUCAAGAUUUCUUUGGUUACAGUAGCAAUCACUCUUUUGUUGGAGUCUUCUACUUUGGAAGCUCACCAAAGUGAAGUUGACAAUGUUGGUUCAAAAUUGGAGUUGGGGAGAGUUGGUCAAAGAGUCUCAAUUCCUACUCACUUGAAGAAUUCUCCGUCAAGAUGGGGCCAAAAUGAGGAUGUUCCAUCUGGUCCAAGCUCUUUAUAUAAUGGCAAAAACCUACCAGUAAACCCACCAAGAUGGGGCCUAAAAGAAAAUGUUCUAUCUGGUUCAAACCUUCUGCAUAAUGAUGAUCUACUGGUUACAGGAACGAGUCCUACACUUAUCCAAAAGCUGGUAACUGACUUGAAUGGAGCCUUUGCCUUAAAGGAGUUGGGUCCUAUUCACUACUUCCUUGGUAUAGAAGCCUUCCGAGACUCUACUGGGUUGUAUCUAUCUCAGUCCAAGUACAUCUCCGAUCUUCUCUACAAGGUGAAAAUGACAGGAGCAAAAGGUUGUUCAACUCCAGUAGCACCUAGACAGACCCUGUCUCGGAGUGAGGGGGAAUCAAUGGAGGAUCCUAGUAUCUAUCGGAGCACUAUUGGAGCACUUCAAUACUUGACUAUUACCAGGCCUGACAUUUCUUACAUAGUAUCUAAGUUGAGCCAAUUUUUGCAAGCUCCUACUGUCACUCAUUGGAAAGCUUGUAAACGAGUACUUAGAUAUCUAAAAGACACCAUUACUUAUGGUAUCUGUUUCAGACCUGGAAACUCACGCACACUCACUCUACAGGGCUUUACUGAUGCAGAUUGGGCUAGCUGCCCAGAUGAUAGAAAGUCAACAGGAGCCUAUUGCAUGUAUUUGGGCUCGAACUUAGUUUCAUGGAGCUCCAAGAAACAACAUGUCAUUGCCCGUUCGAGUACCGAAUCAGAGUACCGCGCAUUGGCUAACGCUGCUGCUGAAAUGGUUUGGCUUAAAGCUCUGCUGAAGGAAAUGAAUAUACCAGUUCAACAGCCACCAAUUAUUUGGUGUGAUAACAUUGGAGCUGCAUCACUGGCUGCCAACCCAGUUUAUCAUGCUCGUACUAAGCACAUAGAGAUAGAUGUGCAUUUUGUGAGAGAUAUGGUUCUGGAAAAAUUGAUUGACAUUCGAUAUGUGCCAACACAAGACCAAGUGGCAGAUGUCCUCACCAAAGGGCUAUCUGUGGAGAGGUUUCUAAAGUUUAGGAACAAGCUUAAGGUGGUGAGUUCACCAUUUCGCUUGAGGGGGAAUGUUGAGCCAUCUGUUAUAUCAGAUAUACAAAGCUUCAGUGAGCAUGAGAAAGGCGUGAGUUAG